CUGUUUCCCCCCUUAGACAGCAUCACCAUCACCCAUAAGGACUCGCGGUGGGUCGGUGCCUGGUGGCUGGGCUUCAUCGUGACGGGAACGGUCAUCCUUCUGUCCAGCAUCCCCUUCUUCUUCCUGCCCAAGUCCCUGCCCAAACAGGGCCAGAAACGGGGGAUUAAUAAGGCCACGGAGCUGACGGCCGUCUCCGAGCAGGAGGGGUUCCUCCCCGAGGAGGAGAAGGAGAAGGAGGACAAGGAGGAGAAGGAGGAGAAGGCCGUCUCCGUCCAGGAGAUGGACGGCGAUAAGGCCACGGAGCUGGCGGGCGUCUCCGAGCAGGAGGGGUUCCUCCCCGAGGAGGAGAAGGAGAAGGAGGACAAGGAGGAGAAGGAGGAGAAGGCCGUCUCCGUCCAGGAGAUGGUCAAAGACUUCGUUCCCUCCCUGAGGAGGCUCUUCAGGAACAGCAUCUUCUCCAUGAUGAUCCUCACAUACCUGGUGUCCGUUAACGGCUUCAUCGGCAUGAUCACCUUCAAGCCCAAAUUCAUGGAGCAGAUCUACGGGCAGUCGGCCUCCAAGGCCAUCUUCCUCAUCGGUAGGGAAUACCAGAACCAGACCUCAACCAGACCCGAACCAGAGCUCUUCCUGGUGUCUCUGGCCUUCGUUUACUUCGCUAAAGCGUUCUGCGGCGCGUACCUGAAGAGCUCCAUCACGCAGAUAGAGCGCCGCUUCGACAUCCCCAGCUCCCUGAUCGGGGUCAUCGACGGCAGCUUUGAGAUGGGAAACCUGCUGGUGAUUGCCUUUGUGAGCUACUUUGGGGCUAAACUCCAUCGGCCAAAGCUGAUCGGCAUCGGCUGCCUGAUUAUGUCCGUUGGAUCUUUCCUCAUCGCGAUGCCCCACUUCUUCCAGGGACCGUCAGUACUCAGCCCUGUUUUCUUUCUGCUCCAGGACAUAAAAAUCACUUAG